AUGGCGGACGUAGACCCAUCAAACGCUACCAACGCCGCGGAAGCGAGAACUUGCUCACAGUGGGAACGGCUCUUCUCCGCCAUCAACCACUACUUUCGCGACGAUGACAUUCUCCAGGGCAGCGAGCACUCGUCUGUCGAGGUGUGUUCAUUUAAAUUUUAAAAUAAUUUUAAAACUUUUCAAAAUGAGUUUAAUUUUCGGUUAUAUAUUACUGUAAUUUCAGAGUGGGUACUUUAUCGUGGCCGCUUAUGUGCUGGUCAUCUCCUUGGGUGUGUUUGGCAAUACCCUCACUAUUGUCGCCAUUCUACGGAACAAACAAAUGCGAAAUGUGCGAAAUUUUUUCAUUUUGAAUUUGGCCUUGUCAGACUUUUUUAUUUGCACAAUCACGGCGCCAAUCACGUUGUACACCGUGCUUUACAUGUUCUGGCCGUUCGGAACGGCGUUGUGCAAGAUCGCCGGCUCGCUACAAGGCUUUAACAUCUUCUUGUCCACCUUCUCCAUCACUGCCAUUGCGUUGGACAGGUAAGUUCUUAUUGUCUACAUCAAUAUAGAGUAAUUUACUGUUCCUUUUUAUAGUUACGUUACAUUCUAUUAUAAGGAAGCUUUUAUUAUAUAGGGAAGGAGAAUAUAUCGAGAGGAACCUUUUCUAAAUAGUGCUCGUCACACAGACACUUAAUUAUACGAUUGUUUACACUUCAGGUACGUGUUAGUCAUAUUUCCGACGAAGAGGGAACGUCAACAUAAUCUGUCGCUACUGUUCUUCUCAUUAAUUUGGCUAAUCUCCAUCUUGCUGGCCCUGCCAUUGUUUGACGCAUCUGACUUGAACAUCAUCUUCCAGGACAACAACUGUGGCAUCUCCCUCACCAUUUGUCACGAACAAAACGAGAAAUGGCAAAAGGUAAAGGGUGUAAUUAACUUACUCCGUUUCCGAAAACAAGAGUAUUAUUACCCAAACACGUGGACAGGGUUCUUGUUUUGUCGCCAAUUUGACAUUCUGAUGUUUGGUAGCGAGGGAAACACUUGACUCAAAAAAUUAGAAGUUUGCCUAGCUUUUUGAAAAUUUUUAAAUAUUUAAUGUAGAUGUACUACUGUGUUUUCUUGGAUUCAUUUUUAUAUUUUUAAAAAGCAAUUUAGCCUAGAAUGCAAAUUUAAAAUAUUCAGUAAAGGUCAGGUUCGUUUGCAUAAGUUAAGGCUCUGUGAACUUUUUGACCGGAGAAAUACUAAACUAACGAAUAAUUAAUGGAAGUAUGUAACAAACUUAUUAAACGAUUUUUUACGACAAAAUUACUUUACUGUACCUAACACAUACACCUACAUUUACGUACUCAUGAUAUAUACCUACAUCGCCCAACUAGCCAUUGUUUUCAGAUGGCCAUAUCGAAAGAAGUGUAUACAGUAGGCGUCCUGUUCAUACAGUAUGCCGUUCCUCUAACUUCCAUCGCAUUUGCAUAUUCGAGGAUCGCGCGACGGAUGGGGACACGAUUCGCGGCCAGGAACUCGCUGUUACCCAAUAACGACUCACUCCUGAAUCAGCGACGGAAGUAAGGGAUUUGUAUUGUAAUAGGCCGUUUUAAUGAGUAGGUGGUGUACCUUUUGUCUUUACAAAAUACGUGUCAAUUGGCUUUGGAAGUAAUUAAAUUUGGGUUUCAAAGUUCAAAUUGUACUAGUUUUUAAUAGUUUUUGUCAUUGCCUUUUUUAAGUAUAUGGUUCGGUCAAUACUUGUCGAAUCGGGUCGAAAAGUACGCAGAAUUGUUUUGUAAGUACAAUUUAGUACGUCAUUUUUAAUAUUUUUAGCCAAGGAUAAUAUUUUAUUGUAACGUAAAUUGCCAUUUCAGAUCGAUAGCUGACAGACAUAGGCGUACCCACUUUCUGAUGGUAUCUCUGGUGGUGGUGUUUGCCAGUGCUUGGUUACCUCUCAACAUCUUCCACCUCAUAAACACGUUCAACAUUGUGCAACGCUUCUCCGUCCAGACCUUUGCCUUCUGUCACGUCACGGCCAUCUGCUCAGCGUGCCUGAAUCCUCUGAGCUACGCCUUUUUCAAUCAGAACUUCAGGACAGAGUUUGUGGCUAUGUUUGAGAGCCUGGGAUUAAUGUAAGUGUACUUGAACAUGUUAUUUAUGACAUAAUUUGAUAGGAUUAAAAGUUAAUUGACAUCAUACAGCGGUCAAAAAGUCGAUAGAAAUAUUAAAAAUAGACCAUAAAUCAAGAGAGAUUCUAUAGACUUUUCGACCUCAGUAAUACAUUAUAAACAAUGUUUCGAGGAGGGUUAACGUGCCGUUCCUAAGAUUGUUUAUUAUAUCUUUUGUCAUAAUGAAUACAAUGUCAUCAUCAAUGUCAUUGUUGCAGAAAACUUCACGAUCAAAUAAAUAAAUGGCUGAAGUGGAAUCAGAAGGCCGCCAGUCUGAGUCCGGAGAAGAAUCGGAUUAAGUUGAACGAGGCCGAAUCCAACGAGUGUGUCAACAACGUCAACAAUGUAGUACAGCAUGGACAGAACCAGGUCAUGACGAAUGCCUUGUAG